GAAGUGAGGAUAUGCUUAUGGCUGCAAUGGAAAUUUCAAGGCUGAAGUGAAAAUCAGUACUAAAGGCGCUAGUAACUUUUCCUUCCUGCAAGAUAUGCUUCAACAACACCGUCAACUAUGUAAAAAUUAGUAAUAUGCAAUGGAAUUGGCACGACACGAUGAAUUAUGUGUAGACUAAUCCAACCAUUACGAAAAUCUAGUCAACUCUAAAAAUUGUUUAUAGUAAACAAAUAUUCACAUUGAUCCAUCCAUGAAAUUAUAAAAAAGAUGAACAGGGGAUGCAAAUCAAAUUUCAGAACACGGAGCAAAUUAAAUCCGAUUCAACACCAAUUUCGUCCACCAACAACAUUACAAAAACUAACACCAACAAAGGUAAUCAAGAACGAAAACUAAUUCCCUUCCAAAUCCGUCAUAUUGUCUGAAAAUCGUAGUAUAUAAUUCGGCCCGCCGAGCACCACAAUCCUCCUCUCCCACUGCCACUUUUCUCCCAUCAGCUCAUUGAUUUCAUCGUUAAGACCCAUUAAUCUUCCUUCCUGAAGACUUGCGUCCUGAACUGUCCGCCCGAUUCCGGCCAUGAUUUGCCGACGCCUUUUUUCUGCUUCGGCUAAAUUCCGGCAUUCAGAGGCUGAAAUCGACCGGCGGCACUUUAGGUUUCUUCAAUUCCUCGGCCAUCAUGGUAUUGGAUCUGUUGAGCUUUCUCCUCGUGUGAGGAUUUGAAGGAUUUUUGGGGUUUUUAGAGAGAGACUGAUUGAUUCCCAAUUCUGCAGAAGGAAAGAAAAGUCGAAUUUAUAUAAUUCGCGGAAACCCCGCCUUUUCCUUACAAAAUCCAUGUAGGAAAACGAAAAGCUUAAAUUGCAAUAAAACCCCAGAUAUUUUUCUCACAUUUCAAAAUGCACCCCAUUUUGUUUAUUAAACUCCUAAAUACUCCCUGUUGGCGGUCAAAAUCUUCUUUGCUGAGCCCUUUCCGUCUGAAGAAGAACACUUCUACAACCAUGGCGCUUUCUUACACCACCACCACAUCCUCCGUUGACUCCGCCGCCGUUUUACGCAUUCCGCCGACUCCAAAAUCCAAUUCAGGGUUGGUAGAAAGACCUUGGAAGGUAGCAGAUGCUAGACUUGUGCUCGAGGAUGGCUCGGUGUGGAAGGCAAAGUCCUUUGGUGCUUCUGGAACUCAAGUUGGUGAAGUGGUUUUCAACACAUCUUUAACAGGAUAUCAGGAGAUCCUCACUGAUCCUAGUUAUGCUGGUCAAUUUGUUUUGAUGACAAAUCCCCAUAUCGGGAACACUGGUGUAAAUUUUGAUGAUGAAGAAUCAAGGCAAUGUUUUCUGGCCGGGCUAGUGAUAAGAAGCUUGAGUAUCAGUACCUCAAAUUAUAGAUGUACUCAGACACUCGGUGACUACUUGGCAGAGCGAAACAUCAUGGGCAUAUAUGAUGUUGAUACACGUGCAAUUACUCGGAGAUUAAGAGAAGAUGGGAGCCUCAUUGGUGUGUUGAGCACUGAAAAGUCCAAAUCAGAUGAUGAACUUCUACAGAUGUCACAUAGUUGGGAAAUUGUCGGUAUUGACCUAAUAAGUGGGGUCUCAUGUACAAGUCCCUAUGAAUGGGUCGAUAAAACAGGCUCGGAGUGGGAUUUCAACUUUAAUGGAAGGGACAAAGAAACGUUCCAUGUUGUAGCAUAUGAUUUUGGCAUCAAACAAAACAUACUCAGGCGCCUGGCAUCAUAUGGCUGUAAAAUCACAGUUGUGCCUGCAACAUGGCCAGCGUCUGAAACCUUGAAGAUGAAACCAGAUGGAGUUCUUUUUAGCAAUGGUCCAGGAGACCCAUCUGCAGUUCCUUAUGCUGUUAACACUGUGAAAGAAAUCAUUGGAAAAUUUCCUGUUUUUGGAAUUUGCAUGGGCCAUCAGUUACUAGGUCAAGCAUUAGGUGGAAAAACCUUUAAAAUGAAGUUUGGCCAUCAUGGGGGAAAUCACCCUGUUCGGAACAUUCGAAAGGGCUGCGUGGAGAUUAGUGCUCAGAAUCAUAAUUAUGCUGUCGACCCUGCAUCAUUACCUGAUGGCGUAGAAGUAACUCAUAUUAACCUCAACGAUGGAAGCUGUGCCGGUCUUGCCUAUGGGAAGUUAAAGCUCAUGUCACUCCAAUACCAUCCUGAAGCAUCUCCUGGUCCUCACGAUUCAGAUCCUGUCUUUGGAGAAUUCGUGCAACUCAUGAAGCAAGAAAAGUCAACGUAAUGAUGCUGGAUGUGAAACCUUAGAGAAAUUAGUAGAUUUAGCUGGUUUUGUUUUAUUAAUGUGUUGUGAGAAAUGCGGGAUGAAGAUAACAAAUUGAAAUUCAGCAGGGAGAAUCAUACAUCUCCAAAGUUCAAAAGUUGUAUGAGCUGAACUUUUAUGUUGCACUUGCAGUCACCACUCCCCGAUCUGUUCAUAGCUGGCAACAGCAAAGAUAAUCUAUGUUUUGGCUGUGUUUUCCAACAGCAAAGAUAAUCUAUAUUUUGGCUUUGUUUUCCAACGUUCAUUUUAAUUUGGUGUGUGACCGGCUUAGACUUGUUUUCAGUGUAUUCACUUUAUGGAUUAGACAACUCUAUCCAGUUUUCCUUUUAGCAGAUUUCAGUCUUUCGUGAACGAGAGACUACUUUCCCCUAUACAUGUAAUGAACUAAAGAAAAUAGCAACUAUAUACGCAGACGAAACAC